AUGAAGGAACAAGUAUUCUGCGUGAUUCCUGAAGGCGUCGAACUUGACAUGUCAGGCUUCGACCCAUGUCUCUACAUCAAGACAUCGGACGGCCAUUGCGUGUUUAUACUGGUCUAUGUGGAUGACGUGUUGGUGACAGGAAGCUCACCCAAGUUGAUUGCACACACCAAGGAAGACCUGAAGACACGCUUCGAGAUGACUGAUAGCGGCAAGUGUGCGUUUGUUCUUGGGAUCGAGCUUUUGGACGGUGAAGAUGGCAGUGUGACACUAUGUCAGCGUCGGUAUGUCGAUAAUAUCCUCAAGCGCUUUGGCAUGGAUGAUUGCAAGGCAGUCGCAAGUCCAGUCGACAUGAGCUCUCGACUUGUUUCAAGUGAUGCAACUACCAAGGUCGAUGCUCCUUUUCGCGAAGCUGUUGUUAAGCGUAUCUUUCGCUACCUACAAGGCACCAAGACGCAUGGAAUUUGCUACAAGCCAAGUGCAAGGAUCGACUUCCGUGGAUAUUCGGAUGCGGAUUGGGCUGGUGAACUUACCGACCGCAAGUCAACAUCGGGGUACACGUUCAUGCUACUCGGUGCGCCAGUGAGUUGGGGCAGCAAGAAGCAGCCAAGUGUUUUGUUGUCCACGACUGAAGCUGAAUACAUCGCACUCAGCUUGGCGAUUCAAGAGGGCAAGUGGAUUCAUCGUCUGCUUUGUGAGAUCGUGAUGGCUGCCAAUGAAGAAGGACCGGAACUCAUGAUUCAUGAAGACAAUCAGUCAUGUAUCAAGAUGACGAAGAACCCGGUCAACCACGGCCGUGCCAAGCACAUUGAUAUCAAGUACCAUCACAUCCGUGAUGAGGUCAAGCGCGGUGAAGUGAAGCUCAAGUAUUGUGAAACUGCGGUGAUGUUAGCGGACAUCAUGACGAAGGGACUUCAUGGACCACGCCACAAGGAGAUGACGACGGCUCUCGGGAUUCGUGAGCAUUCGGAUUGA